GUCUCCUGUAUGUACAGCAGCAGCCCAGAGUGAAGAAGAGCCGUGGUGUGUCGUUCGUGUGUCUCUCGGUGUCGGGUCGCGAAAAAACAAAUGGCGUAACACCGUGUGUCCUCCUCAUCCCGGAAUCGUUGGAAUCGUCGUCGUGAAUGUUCCCGAAAGUUUCGAGAGUCGGCCGCGGAGCGUGUAAAAAGUGUAGAAUAGUGUUUUGGGCCCCGUUGUACAUCCGGCACUGAGCAGGGGGAAAAGUGGAAGCAAAAAGCUGAAAAUUCUUUGUAGGAUAUUGUGUGUGUGUGUGGGGUUGUACAUAGAGGAGGUUCCGCCGUGCGCGUUCCGGAACCCGGGGGUUGGCCGAGGUCGUGUGUAAAUAGUGAGGGGCCCCUUCGACAAAGCAAUUUCCUGUGCAGUUACUAACCAUUUCCGGUUAUUUUGUCUAGUUUAAACCUCUUACGGUGAAGAUUCUCCGGAUAUUCCCCGGAAGCUCAGUUCCCCGGAAGAAUCUGGCCAAAAGCGCCACCGUUUGUGUGUGUACAGUUAGUUAUAAAGACGACGACGACGGGAAAAUCUCGAGAGCUGCCUUUUUUUUUUUGCUGGUGGCCAAAUUUGCUGCUGCGUUCUUUGCCCUCCUCUCCAGUUUUCGGGUCGUUCCCGGGGAAGAAGGCGACCAGCAGUGCGCAGAGGGUGUGUGUGGCCGCGAGUUGCCUGUCUGUGUGCGUGCGAGCGAACGAGCUUGAAGAACCGUCUCUGGAAGAGCUCCAGCACCUGAAGAGUGAGAGCAAGGCGCGAUUAGCAUCAGGAAGAUUUGCCCGGAACAUCCGGAAGAUUGUGUGUGAGGAAGAAUCGAUCCCGGGGUGGAAUUACGGUCUACCAAGGAAGACUAGUAUUGUGCGUGUAUCCGCUUGUACUAACGCAGCUUCCGGAAGAGAGAGAGGAAAUAACAUCUUCAGAAGAGUGCACUUACCGGGGAUUUGCCGUUGCGGAACCGGUUCUUGCCGCAGAAGAUAGUGUGUAAACAGGCCGCGACGACAACAUCAACAGUGCGUUUGUUGUGUGGUUUUUGUUUGAAAACAACAAUAUCAGCGUUUGCACACGUCGUACACACACACAUCUACGCGAGUUUGUAGUCGGUCCACCCACGACGACGGCGGCGAAUAGCCAAGCCAAGAGUGUUAAGGUCACUAAGUGCAAGUGCAACGGCGGGGAAGGGAAGAAGUGAGUUAAGCGUGAAGGUGAGUGAAGAAGGAAGAUAAGCUGCGGCGCGGCAACGACGACGGUUUGUAACGCGACGCUCAGCUCGAAACGGACAUCGGACAUUGCGCAAGACAACGCCGCUUCUAGACAACGACACCGACCACUUCCCACCAGCAAACGCGGCGGCAACGAUCCAACACACUCCUCGCACCCGGCUAAGAACCGUGGGAUCAACAGCGUUCACUCGUUGUAACACUGCCAGUGCUGUGCCCGCAAAGCUACCAAAAUUCAUCUGGAAGUGGUAUGUAUCCCGUGUUGCAGCAUCCACUCGAGCCCGAGGCGAUGAAGCUGCUCGGCGGGCACGACGACGGGGGCGGACGGGGGGCGGCACCGAUCCGGUCACAGGACGACGCCGCGGUCGGGUACGUGUUCCAGCGGCACCCGAACGAGACCGAGUUCAACCAGUUCGCCCAGAAGCAGUCCCGGUGGGCGUCCGGCGAUGACGCCAUUAUCGACAACCAAGACAAGUGGAAGUACAACCCAACGCUGACGAACCACAGCACCGGAGGGCUGCUUCCGCCGCCGACCAUCUCGUCCGUCACGAAGCACCAGGUCCACCAGCAGCACCAACAGCAUCAGCACGCCAACGCCGUGGCCCAGCAGCAACAACAACAGCAGCAGCAGCAGCAGCAACAACAGCUUCAACAGCACCAGCAGCAACUCUCGAUGAUGAACCAUCCGUCGCAGCAGCACCAGCAGCUGGCGAACCACCUGGCCAGCCACCACCAGAACCAUCUCAACCAGACAAUGCUCAACCACACGGCCGCGGCCGCCGCUGCCGCCGCCAUGGGCAACGUGCCCACGAUGCAGAUGCAGAUGCAGGGCGCGGCCGGCAUGUACGACCACCUGCACCCGCCGAACGUGAACGUCAACGGGGUCGUCCAGAAGCCGCCGGGGCCGCCCGGCCAGGAGCAGCUCGUGUAUCUCGGGGGCGGCGCGCAGCAGUACGGCGUGCUGGCGCCCCAGAACCAGUACAUUGCACGGAACAACGCCGCGAUUAACACGUCGGCCACGAAGAAGCUGUGGGAGAAGGGCGGUGGCAGCAGCAACGACGUCAAGGUGGCCACCGGAGCGGGCGCGACCGGGCCGCUGGCACCGCUCCAGCUGCACGGCAGCACCGACCACCAGGUGUGGCGCGACUCGACGUGGUCCACGCAGGGCGACGCGAUCCUGGCCUCGCGGCGCAUCUUCCCGCACGCACCGGACACGAACCCGACCGGGUCGACGGGGAUUUUGAGCCCACGAGACUCGACGGGUGGCCUCGGCGUCAAGAUGGUCGAGUACGUACUGGGCGGAUCGCCCACGAACAAGGAGAGCCCGCUUGCUAGCCUAGAACCUCGAUUUAAGGGAUUGAAAUUCGAUGAUAAUGACAAGACAUCUGACGAUAAAGAUAAAGCCAACUCGCCAUUCGAAUCGAACGGUUUGAAAAAGGAGGAAGUGAACUCGACAAACGGAGUUGUGAUCGUGAACGGAAUUGAUGACGACAAGGGAUUUAAUCGCACUCCCGGCUCCCGCCAGCCAUCGCCCGCGGAGGAGCAAAUGCCGCGCGGCUCCACCCUGCUGGACGCGCCGUCCCACCACGGGUCCGGCUUCCCGCAGCACCCGUCGCUGCACCACAUGCUCGGUUCGGCGGCGGCCGCAGCGGCUGCUGCUGCCGCAGUCGGCGCCGGUGCCGCCGGCGGAGCGAACGACGUGGCCCAGCAGGCGGCAGCCGCCGCGCUCGGCUCGUACCACCCCCAGAUGAUUAACCAGAUGAGCCAGAUGAGCCAGCUCAGCCAGAUGAACCAGAUGAACCAGCUGAACCAGAUGCAGAGCCACGUGAUGAACGGCGUGGGCGGGAUCCCGCAGAUUACGCAGAGCCAAAUGGUUAGUCAACCCGGCCAGGGUCCGAACCAGAUUGAGUCUCCUGCGAAUCUGCUCCAGCAGCCGCAUAACUUCGACGUACAGCAACUAUUCCGAUCGAACCCGGGCCUGCCAGCGGCCAGCUCGGCCGUACCGGGCGCCCCCAACGGCCAGCCGCUGCCCCAGUCGGCGCUCUCGCUUUCGGCCCAGCAGCAGCAGUUCCUGGCCCAGCACAAUGCGGCCGCUCAGCAGUACGCAGCGGCGGCGCAACAGGCCGCCCAGCAGCAGCAACCGUACGUCAUCAACCCGGGCCAGGACCCGUCACCGUACAUGGGCGCACUCAUCACGGCCGGCGUCCCGCAGUACUACGGCGUGGCGCCGGCCCCGUGGGGCGUCUAUCCCGCCAACCUGAUCCCCCAGCAGCCCCAGUCACAGCCCCGGAGGCCACUGACGCCGUCACAGCAGGGCGCCGAAAAUCAGCCCUACCAGGUGAUAUCGGCGUUCUACGACCAGAGCGGCUCGCUCGUGAUGGGUCCCCGCACCGGUACGCCGAUGCGGCUGGUCAGCCCAGCGCCACCGGUGCUGGUUCCGCCGGGCGCGGGCGUUCCGCGGGCACCCCAGGCACCGCCCACGAUCUAUCCGCCGCAGCCCCAGACGGCCCAGCAAAGCAUGUACUCGGCCCAGAACGGAUCCGGUGUCGGCGUCGGAGGUCUCGCCCUAAGCACAUCGUCGCUGACCGCGCGGAGGGACUCGUUUGACCGGAACACAUCGGCCUUCAGCCCCUCGCUGGACUACACGUCGGCGUCCACGAACGCCGUGGUGAGCAAUGCGGCGGCCGCAGCUGCAGCCGCUGCCCGGAAGUGGCCCGUCGGAGCCGGCAGUUACGGCGGGUUGAGCGCGGUGGCCGCUUCGGCGAGUCCGCUGGGUGCUUCGAUUACGCCACCGCCCGUGUCCGGGCUAGGUGCGCUCGUGACGAGUCGGGCUCCGGGUGCGGAGACCAAGUAUCGGCAGGUGAACCAGCUGGCGCCGGGAAUCUCCGGCAACGCCAUGUUUGGCUCGAGCCAGUCGCUGUUUUCGAAGCUUUCCGGAUCGGUGAUGCGACCUGCAGCAGCAGCCGCGGCUGCCGUUGCGGCUGUGGCGGCCGCUGCCCCGGGUCUGGAUCGACCCCCGGGACGGUCUCGGCUGCUCGAGGACUUCCGAAAUCAACGCUACCCGAACCUUCAGCUGCGUGAUCUCACCAAUCACAUCGUGGAGUUCUCCCAGGAUCAACACGGAUCUCGGUUCAUCCAGCAGAAGCUGGAGCGGGCGACGGCCGCCGAAAAGCAGCUGGUCUUCAACGAGAUCCUUGGCGCGGCGUACAGCUUGAUGACGGACGUGUUCGGCAACUACGUCAUCCAGAAGUUCUUCGAGUUUGGCUCGCCCGAACAGAAGCAAGCCCUGGCCCAGCAGGUCAAGGGGCACGUGCUGCCGCUGGCCCUGCAAAUGUACGGCUGCCGCGUCAUCCAGAAGGCGCUCGAAAGCAUCCCGGCCGAGCAGCAGCAGGAAAUCGUCCGCGAACUGGACGGCCACGUGCUCAAGUGCGUCAAGGACCAGAACGGCAACCACGUGGUGCAAAAGUGCAUCGAGUGCGUCGACCCGGUCGCGCUGCAGUUCAUCAUCGACGCGUUCCGCAACCAGGUCUACUCGCUCAGCACACAUCCGUACGGCUGCCGGGUCAUCCAGCGGAUACUGGAACACUGCACGCAGGAACAGACGGCGCCGAUCCUCGGGGAACUGCACGCCAACACCGAGCAGCUCAUCCAGGACCAGUACGGCAACUACGUCAUUCAGCACGUUUUGGAACACGGCAAGCCGGAGGACAAGUCGGUGCUGAUUGCGGCCGUCCGCGGCAAGGUGCUGAUUCUGUCGCAGCACAAGUUCGCCUCGAACGUGGUGGAAAAGUGCGUGACGCACGCGACGCGGGCCGAGCGCGCCCUGCUGAUCGAGGAGGUGUGCUCGUUUAAUGAUGCUGGCCUGCACGUGAUGAUGAAGGACCAGUACGCCAACUACGUGGUGCAGAAGAUGAUUGACGUGUCGGAGCCGACGCAGCGGAAGGUGCUGCUGCACAAGAUCCGCCCCCACAUGAACUCGCUGAAGAAGUACACCUACGGCAAGCACAUCAUCGCCAAGCUGGACAAGUUCUCGCUCAAGACGCCCAACUCGAUUGCGGGUGCGGGUGCAGGUGCGGGUGGUGCGGCCGGCGGCGGUCAGGUGGUGGCGAACGCGCCCGGCGGCGGUGUGACGGAAGUGACCGCCAAUGGUACGCCCAAUGGAACCACCGGUGGUCAGCAGCAGCAGCAGCAAGGGCAGCAACAGCAGCAGCAGGUGGUGGUCGCUAGUAAUGGUGUCGUGACGGCAAUGGACACUGGGGCGGCAAGCUUGGGCCCGAUUGGACCACCCCCGACCAACGGGGUGAUGUAAGCGAAUCUGGUAUGAUUUAUACAUAUAUAUAUACAUAUAAAUAUGUUAGCGGUUAGGGAGAAAGUAAGUGGAAAGUGAGAUAGCGCUAGCGCGGAGAAUCUGAACACAACUCCCCACCCCGUUUAAGGACACAACAGGAGGUUUGUUUGGGGAAUGUGUGGAGGUCCGGUUGGGAGCGUGCGCGCGCGCCCCCUGAAAAAAUAGGCACUUUUGUAAAUACUGUACUGUUUUUACGCUCGGAGAUAUUUUUCAUCUCCUUCGAAAUCAUGUUCGUGUGUUAGGCUAACGUUUUCGAUUUUAGUUAACACCUUCUCAUCUCACUCUUGUUAGUAAACUGAUUAUUCUGUAGGCAGAAGACGGAUCUCACUCAGCAGUGUCCUAGCCGGAGAGCGCGUAUAAACUAUUUCGUCGUCGUUUAUGUUUUAGGUAAUAUUUUUAAUGAUGAAAUAUUCUUAACGGAGAUUGCGCGCGCGUGCGCGACUUCAGGACGCACGCAUUCUGAACAAACACACUCCACGCACACUCAACGCCAUAGAGUCAAAAGACUAGCAGAAUUUGAUUUGCUACUCGAGAAACAAGCAACCACAAACCCGCAGAGAUUAUCGUGACAGAAAUUUUAAAAACCCCCAAGUAAUUUUAACCUUCCAACAAACCACAGAAACACAAUAGGCAAUUUAAAGUAUUCUGGACUUCUCCAACACACACAACCCUCUUCGGAGAAGAAAACAGAUUUUGCGCGAACGCUUUUCGAACGACGACGAUGACGGCGGUUUUAGAUUUGUAAGGGCAAAGUAACGGGAGAGAGCGCUCGCUCGCGGAUGAACGCUAAUCACACAGAACACUCUCUUUGUGUAGGAUUUUUGCAUUAUAUAAAUAUAAAUUAUUGAUUAAAAAGCGACAAAGAGAUCCGCGCAGAAGUGUGGCAUUGGAAAAAAACACACACUCUCUCACACACACACACAUAAACAUAUAAAUAUUAUAAAUACUUUAGGUGUAUUCUUGUAUUGUAAUCACAAAAAGGUAGAAGAAGGAAAAAAGUCUCAACUCUAGCGCGUAGUAGGAACUGAACUUGGCAGGAGAGAAGGGAUAGCGCAUGGAUAAAAGGCCAACACCAACUCGCGGAACGGAAAGUCGGUCGUGUUUGCGCAGGGAUUUUGCAGGCAAAACGUGUAAAGAAAUCUUUGUUGUGUGACCCGUGGAAAAAAAAACUUGAUAACAAAACAGUGUGAAAAAACGAGAUCGUUCGAGUUUCAUUGGGAGAGCCAACUUAAAAGUUGGCAAAGAUUGACCAGAUCGAUUCAGGGUGGCCACUUAAGUCGGAAAAUUGGGGAAAAAACCGUGGGAUAUCUUAUACCUUUUGAAAAUUUAACCGUUUUAUGAAAAUAUUGUUGAUUUUGUUUUUCACAGCAAUAAAAAAUAAAAAAAAUAUUUUGAGAAAUAAGUGUUCCAAAAUUUUCUUUAUAGAUUGGGGACAAAAAAAUGCAUAAUUAAAUUAACUGGAAAUAAUUUCCUGCAUGCAGAUUAUUAUAAAAGUACAGGUAAACUGAUUAAAUCUGUAUGAAAGAGAGUUGCUCUCUUGCUUACUGUCUUGCUCCGAAAAGGACUAAUAAGAAAAAGGUUUUUUGCAAUUAAUGGAAAAAAUAGGCGUUUUUAAAAAGCUAGAAAAGUUUUUUUUCACAGCUGCCGUUUCAAGACGAAAAUGAUCAAAAAGUAUUUUUUUUAAAUUAUUUUUUUCAGUAAGCAGUAAGCAAGAGAGCAACUCUCUUAUCGCUCUUUCUACUCUGUUCUUGCUCUAAACAGCAAAGUUAUUAUUUUUUAUUGAGACGAUGAGCAAGAGAGCAACUCUCUCACCGCUUUCUCUACUCUGCUCCCGCGCUCUACACAGCAAGAUAAGUUUUUUUUUUCUAUUAAGACAGUGCAAGAGCUACACAGCAAGAGCAAAUUGUACGCGAUAGCAAAGAAGACUCAAAACGGAAAGGGAGUUGAUUUCUUACUUACUGUCAUGAUCGAAAAAAAGAUCUGAAAAAUAUUUUUUUUAUUUUUUUUUUCGUAAUUGAAAGUUGACAAUUCAGAUAAAAAAGAUUUACCGAUAUUUUUCAAAUUGUAAAUUUUUGAUUACAAAAUGAUAAGUAAAAACGUUUUUUUUAUUCAAUUCUCCAAAGAGCAAGAGAGCAACUGUGCUUUAACCUCACAGCAAGAGUAAACUUUAGCAAACGUGGGAGCAAAGAAGAGUAUAAAUGGAAUGAGAGUUGUUCUCUUGGUUACUGUCAUGAUCAAAAAAGAAUUCUGCAAAAAAAAAAAUUUGUAAUUAAAACUUGAAAAUUUAGAAACAAGAGAUUUACCUUCUAUUUUUUCGAAACGGUUAAAAAAAGUAUUGUUAUGAAUUCUCCAAAGAUCAAGACAGUGAGCAAGAGAGCAACGCGGUUGCAAAGAAGAGUAGACAUGGAACGAGAGUUGCUGCUUUGCUCACUAUCUUGUCCUGAAAAUAAUUCCUGAAAAAUAUGUUACGAAGCAACAAAAAACUUCAGAUUGACCAAAAUAAUACUUGAGAAAUUCUUUCCCGAUCAAGACAGUGAGCAAAAGAGCAAUUCUCAGCAAAUUUGUAGUGCUCUGCUCUGCUCCCGCCAUAGCAAGCGCAAGAGUAAACUGUAGCUAAUCGGGUGCAAAGCCGAGUAAAACGGCGAGAGAGUUGCUCAUUUGCUUACGGUCCUGCCUAAUUCGGAGAGAUUCGUUUCAUGGAGAAACAACUGUUUCAAUCAGUUUUUUGGUGAUCUGCAUUCAAACUUCGCAUAAAAUUUCAAAACUCAAGUAGUAUAUACUUUCCCAUAAUUUCAUAGCCGGCCGAAAUGUUAUUAGCUUGGCUUAAGGUGGCCACCCUGUGCACAACAACAGUUGCAGCGGGAAACUAGGAAGAAGAAAAAAAGUCGGUCAAAAUCGGAUUAUCCCGGGCAGAUUCCACCCUACACGUUUCGGUUCCGAUGCACUAGAGCGACAAAACAGCAGCGCGUGCCGCGCAAUGUUUUAAACCUUUGAGUAACUUUAGAAGUAGGGAAAAGCUCGAUUGUUCGUUUUUAAGAAAUAAGGCUACCGUAGGAAACAAAAACAGAAAGAAAACUGCAAGAAACAAGCAUUUUAACGUUUUUUCAAAUGACGAAAUGAGUAACUGCGAGAGAAAAAAAUAAACCAAGUUGGUUGAGAAAAAAUGUUAGAAUCACGCAAAACAAAAAAUAAGCAACAUCGUAUCAAUUAGUUAUUUUAUUGUUAGAAAACCAGCUGGCAUAGGGAUCAUUUUUUCGAUGGAAAUAAACAAAGAAUUUGAAUAAGUACACGUAAACCAGCGAGAGAAGAGGCAAAGAGGGCCCCCGCAAUCCGGAAGGGGUGACAAAAAAAGUUAAAAAUCAUCUCUUUUCUUGCAAUUUCUCUCUCUCUCGUAUGAGUUGGCUGAUUUAGUUUAAUUGAUACUUUAUAAGGGACUGAUUUGAAGCUUGAACGAUUGUGGUCGGGUGACGAAUAUCCUCAAUUUUCGUUGCUGGAAAUAUGCUCUCUGUCAAAUAUGAUUAACCUAUCGUGGCUAAUGAAAAUUGUUAGGACAAAAAUCGUGCUGGUGAGAAAUUAGACAAAUUUAAAAAAAGGAAAUCCGUAUCGUUUCUCCACAACUGCAACAACAAAAAACUUAACUCUUUCCUCAAAACGACAAACAAAACUCAACAACUAGGCAUUUAACGCCGCGAAGAGUGGCAAAUUUUGGCAGAGACGAUCGAUCGAUUUUAUGUUUUCUCUCGUUCCGGCGUUGCGGGAAAAUUGCGCACGCAUUUAAUUUAAUUUUUAAACCCCAUUUAAAAAAAUCCAACAAGGUAAUACAACUAAAUAUAAUCCCAUAGUGGAAGUAAACUGCGAAGAAGAAAAAAAACAUGAUAGCAUUUAUUAAGAAGGAACGUAAACUUGAAUGGAAAAGAGGAAGACAGUAUAAAAAAAGAGCAAGCAAAUGUGGUUAUCUCUCAAAUAAUUGAAGGUAGUGUUUAAAACUGCAAGCAAAGAAAGGAUAAAAUAAAAUGAAACUCUUCAAACACAUAGAUAAAGCGAAAUAAAAAAAGUGAACAAGUAAAAUCAGUAGCAGUAAGGAGAUAAUUCCCACGUUUUACAUGCAUUCAUUUUCUGUCAAUUUUCAUGUAACUGUCAAAGGUUAAAGUAAGGUAGGAAGUCGAAUAAAAAAAAAAAGAAACUGACAUAAACUUAAUUCGCGACAAAAGUUAGAAAAAAAAAGUAAGCUAAAUUUUAAUUUUUUGAACGAAUAUUUUUCAAGCAAUUUCAUCCAAAAUCACUCAAAUUUCGUCAAAACCAAGCUGCGCCAGCUUUUUUGAGACAAACGUCAGAAUUUGGCUAAAUUUUACCCUAAAAUGAGUACUUUUUUGAUUUUGUCAACUGUCAGAUUAUGCUAGAUUUUGUCUCAUUUUAAUCCAAAAUUGAGUCUUAACACUAAUUUCUGCGUAUGUUUGGUUUUAACAAAAUUUGAAUGUUUUCAGAUGAGGGUGCUUUUUGCAAAGUUUGCCUUUCGCAUCGCUUUGGUGAAAACACAGGAAUCGCAUUUUAAUCAUUUGGCUAGCGCAAUUUCGACUGGCAAUGGCUAAUUAAAUUUUGCGUAAAAUGCUUCCAUCAAGAUAAUCAGUUUUUAGACAGGUUUGUUUUUGCUCAUCUCAUAAACUGCUUUAAAGUACUCAAAAUUGAGUACUGCCUCGAAGGUACGCACACACUCAAAAUAAUUCAAUGUUCAUCAAAACCGAACCUACUCAGAAAUGAGUAAUCGGGAGAAAUGUCAGUUUUGAGUGACUUUCACUCAGAAUUCUACAAAAAAAUGAUUUAAUUUUACUCAGAUCUGACAGUUUCCAUUUUCUCAUUUCUGAGUAAGUUCGGCUUUGUAGAAAACAUGAAAUGUGCUCAUAAACUGGUUUGAAUUGUUAUUACUUGUUUCAGAGUUAUUUUUACUCAUAAAUUUUAAAAAUCAAAACCACUCCGAAUUUGAUUUUUUGUGAGUUUGCUUUAAACUCGUUUCACAACAAUUUAAUUCAACUUCCUUUUUGAAAAAAAUCUCGAGCGCAAAUGAAAUUCAUUUGAGAAUUAAAAAAAUGGACUCAAACUUUUUUCCAAUACGGUGUAAGCAAUUUUGGGUAACUACUUACCUUUCCCAAACUGAAUUAAUUUGCUGCAAGCUGCGGGGCAAACUGGCAAUCAUUCGAUCCUUAACAUUACGUCGAAAACUUUCAAGUCGCAAAAUUAGCGCGAUUGUCUGAUUAGGAAAAACACAAACUUGGUGCGCAAAACAUACACACACACACACUGCGAACGGGGUAAACACGUGCCUUCUUUCUCACACGAAUCUCGUUUCGUCCUUGUCUUGCUUGUUUUGUCUAGUUUGAUUAUGUUCUAACUCGCGGGACGGAAUACACGUUCAGCUCUGCUGGGUGUUGUUUUGCGCAUCGAAGGGGCUUUACCCUAAAUUGGGUACGCUGCAGGUGUUUUGUUUACUUUAGGGUUUUUUUUAUCGUUUCUAGAUAAACUUUUCCACUUUGAAAAGUGUAGUAUUUUUGGUAGGACUAUUAAUAUUAAAAUAUAUAAAACUUUUCUAAAACUAAACCAAUAAAGCAAGCCACUGAGACUCAGUGAGUAUAGUAAAGAGGAAAUUAAAACGAUGAGGAUGUAAUUUGAGUAAUCCACACACACACACACACACACAAUUAAGGUGAAAUAAUGUUGUAUAUCGCUGUACAAAAUUUAUAUAGUUAUUUUAUACCGGACUAAGACAGACCAGAAAAGCAACUUUUAGCAAAACGGCAAAAAAAAUCACACAAAAAAUAACAAUUGGAAAAAAUAGUGUUAAUUGUACAUUAGAGUUCACAUGUAGAAUUUUGAAAAUGCAUAACAAACAAAUAAAAAAACGCAAAUCAACAUCGCCUCCUCCAGCCGUUUGUAAAUUUGUGCAGUUACUGCGAAAGUCAGGAAAAAAAAACAAGUGUAAAAUUUCGUGUAAAAAUAAUGUGUUUUUUCGUGUAGGAACAUUUUUAAAAACGCAAAACCAAAAUCGAGAGCCACCUUUCGAGCUCUUACGAGUUGGAUCCGUGUGCAACUGCAACCGGCGCAGCUCUGUGCGCCUUGCAUGUAAAUAACCUGUGUAGUAUUAUUCCACCCUUCCCCCCCAGUCCGGUGGAAACCGACGCGCGAAAGUUAGGAAUCGGAGGAAAGGACGUCACGAUUCCAGUGUAAUGGUGUUUUGAUAAAUUUUCGACAUGUUUUCCGAAGCGUGUUGAGGGGGUUUUAAUCGCUGUCCGUUUUUAAUUUUCUAUUUCACGUUUAAAAUGUUCUAUUUUUCGUUAAAAAUGAUGGUAAUGACCCACUGAACAAACAACGGUGCAAGAUAAUUUAACCUAAAAGGACUAAUUACUCAUCAAAGUGCAGUCAUGACAACAAACCGCUGUCACUACACUCAAAGUAAAAAGUAUCCUUUUUUCAAGUUCACCCGUCGUCACCCUUUAAAAGGGUAUCGAAAAUGUACUGAAUUUGACAUACCCUUUUAAAAGGGUGACGCCGGGUGAACUUUAAAAAAGGAUAGAAAGUAUCCUUUUUGAGGAUUGAAAGUACCCUUUUGAGGGAUACUUCUGACUUUGAGUGUACGGUUUUGCAUCCUCCAAGGUGAGUAUACUAGAUAAGGUAAGGUAGGUGUUCCAGGUGUCAGAAAAUAGUUUGAUUGAAACCUAAAUUUCACGAUUUUCUAUUUUUUUUUGGGUUGUUCAGCAUACCUAACUGAAUCGAAAAAUGCUUUGAAAUGAAAUAUUCGUUCAAAAAAUUAAAUUCAACUGAAAACGUAUUUCGAUUCAGUUUGACAUGUCAAACAACCUUACAAAAAAAAAGUCCGGUGAAAUUUGCCGAAAAAUAAAGCACAGUUUUGACAGCUGGAAAACACAUUUAACCUUAUCUAAUCUACAUACCUUGGCUACCCUCGAAUGAAAAACAAACAUUUCGUGAAAAAAACUAACUCACAUUGCCUCAAAACCGAACUUAUCCAAAAUUGAGUUCAGUAAGCAAUGUCAGAUUUGGGUGAUAUUUUUACAAAAUUUGAAGGGAAUUCAUCCAAAUCUGACAUUUGAUUCGAUACAAAUUUUUGAAGUAGUCCAGAGUAUGUUUUGCAGUGUUUGCAGUACUUACACGCUCAUCCAAUUUUAUUCAUUUCUAAGUUAUUUGACUCAAAAUAUGUCAAAUUAGAAGGAACUUAAAAUGUGAGUCUUGAUACUUUUCUUUUAACUCAUAGUUGAUUAAAUUUCACCAGCAUUUGAGUUAAUUUUACUCAAAUUCAGUUAUUCCGAAUGAGCCUGUUAAACCCGAUAAGAAAUUUGCCUAGUUCUUUGUCGCAGGCCCCCGGACAACAUCUAGAAUUUGGCUCGAUGUAGAGCAAAAUGUUUUAUCUUUUCGUUUCCUAAAUUGGACAGUGAUUCAAAGCUUUCCUGAACAACUCGCCGUGUAACUGUGUAGCACACGCGCCCACUUGUUAUUUGUUUUAUUCUAUGGAUUAGACACCAGAACAAAGCUUAAAUAUUGUCAUUGAACGCAAAAUCCAGUCACAGCGAAGGAGAGCAACAGUUCGUACACAAACAGUCUGUGGAGCUUGAAGUGUAAAAAUGUAAUGAAAAUAUUUGUAAUAUGUUUGUAAAUCGGAAUUUUUCUAUAAAUAUAUUUUAACAAAAACAAACCAGAAAUCGCGCGAAUCUGUAAAGUCAUCAAAACAAGCAACAAACAAAAAAAGAGAAGCUAUCAUCCAGUGUUAAGGCGCAAAAUCGUGAUAUGUACAGAGAACAAAACUUUUUUACUAACCCGAAGAAGACAAAAAAAGAAGUAUCAACCGCAAAACAAAACAAAAAAACAAACACACACACAGACCACAAAUUCAGAAAUAAAUUAUUCAAAAAUCGGCCCAUUUUUGUACGACGGCACACACACACACACACACACACACUCAUAGGCAGUUUCGACGCAAAAGCGAAAACAAAUUUUGUUGUUGAUGCGAGAUCCAUUUUUUAUUCGAGGCAAGAGAGAUAAAAACAAUCUGUGAUUCAAAUGCUUUUUGUUUCCUUUUUCAUAAAAUUUCAUUUCGGUUUGUCCUCAUGAGUUGAUAUUUGUAAUAGGAAAAGAAAACUAACUUUGAACAUAAAGUGCGAACACGCGAAAUCGCUGUAAAAUGUGUACAAUUUUAUAAAUAGGCUAUUUUAAAAAAACAAAACAAACAAUCGAUGGAUCAUGAGAAAUUCUUGAAAACGUUUCUGCCUUCUGAGAGAAGCACCUGGUGUUGAGCGCGAGCUGUGCUACGAACUACGUUUUUACGAAUAAAAUAAAAUAAAAUGCAAUAACAAAAGAGUACCCACUUUUUGAAAAGCGGGGAAAAUAGAACAGCAUUUCGCACGGACACACAAACACACACGGAAAAGUAUUUUUGUACAGAGGAAGCAGCAGUUUUAUAGCGCAAAAAUAACUCAAGAAUUUUUCCUUGUACGAUAAUCGUGUACAUUUAUUUUACAACAUACAAAACGCUUAUUUGUAAUUAACUAAAGAGCAAAACGCGCGUGAACUGUAAAUUUUUGUGAAGAAAAUCAUCUGUACAAAGCAAAGCAAAACCAACACCACACACAAACACUAGCGAACGUGAACAAACAAACAAAAAAAAUCAAUGACAAUAUUUUUGAGUUCGAAUCCGGCUUCGAAAUCGUCGAGCUCUCGCGAUCGAGCAACCCUUGUUGAAUAUCCAAUGCGGGAAAACAUUUGGUUUUCAUCAGAAUUUACUCAGAUUGCGUCAAACGCUGACUUACUCAAUAUUGAGGUUGAGUCAAAUGUCAAACAAUGGGUAAUUUCCCCAUUUACCCAAACUUCAGUUGAACUAGUUCGGAUUUGAAUUAAAUUUACUCUAAUUUGACACUUUUCUAAUAAUUCAUUACUGAGUAAGUUUGUUUUUGACGAAAUCUUUGUUUUUUUUUUAAUUAUAUUGAAACAAUCAAACAAUUAUCAUUAGAAAGCGAUGUACAUAAAAAAUAACAACAUAGCAACAAAAGUAUGGGUUGGAAUUAAGUAUUAACGAGACAAGUUUCUAGUAAAUGAAAUAGAACACGUAAAAACUGCCACCAAACUUGCAAAUAAAUAAAAAAGAAAAAGUUCGAACGGAAAAAGCACACAAACACUCGCAGCGUCACUCUUUUAGAAAAAAAUAAUUUAAUUUUAAAAAAUCCCACAUUCAGUUUUGAGAGCAAUGCUUAAAAAGUAACCAUUUAGCGCGUUGGAUAAAAAGGAGACGAGACAAAAACAACAAGAAAAAAAAAGAAAGCGGCGAACGGAGAAUAGAAGAAACCAAAUAGCAAGCGGAAAAGGGCGAUUGAUUAACAAAAGGGGAAAAAACGGAUGGGGAAGUGGCUCCCGAGUCGGCCAAAAUUUGGACGAUGAAAGAGGGUGCAAGAGGCGAUGGUGGAUCAAAUUCAUUUUAGUAUAAACACAAAUACACACACACACGAAAGGUACGCGGAACCUUAAAACUACUCCCAGCUGACAGACGGAGCGUGGAAUGCAUUGAGAUUUUCCAAUUUAAAGCUAGGUGUAACUUCGGUAAUUUU